CCGGCCGGGGCGCAAGAAGAGCGCGCGGGACUCGCUGCAGCAGCGGCCCAGCAGCGGCUGACCGGGUCCCAAACCAGAGUCGAGCUCUGCGUGGCGCCCCUGAUCCGCUGGCCGUGGCGCCCGAAUCCUAGAACCUGCCCAGGGAAGGGACUGACGGUGGCUGGCGUCGGCGGGGCGCGGAGGAACCGCGGUAGCUGCGGCCGCAUCCUCGCUGCCUGCCCCAGCCGGGUUGAAUCCCGGAGCCGUCGGACAUGGAGCCAUGGAAGCAGUGCGCUCAGUGGCUCAUCCACUGCAAGGUGCUUCCUGCCAACCACCGGGUGACCUGGGACUCAGCGCAAGUGUUUGACCUGGCGCAGACCCUCCGCGAUGGAGUCCUGCUUUGCCAGCUGCUCAACAACCUCCGGGCGCACUCCAUCAACCUGAAGGAGAUCAACCUGAGGCCGCAGAUGUCCCAGUUUCUCUGUUUGAAGAACAUACGGACAUUUCUCACAGCCUGUUGCGAGACGUUUGGAAUGAGAAAAAGCGAACUCUUCGAAGCAUUUGACCUGUUUGAUGUUCGUGACUUUGGGAAGGUUAUAGAAACUUUAUCGCGACUUUCUCGAACGCCCACAGCAUUGGCCACAGGAAUCAGGCCCUUCCCAACAGAAGAAAGCGUUAAUGAUGAAGACAUCUACAAAGGCCUUCCUGACUUAAUAGAUGAAACCCGAGUACAAGAUGAAGAAGAUCUCUAUGACUGUGUUUAUGGGGAAGAUGAAGGUGGAGAAGUUUAUGAGGACUUAAUGAAAGCAGAGGAAGCCCAUCAACCUAAAUGUUCAGAAAAUGAUAUACGAAGCUGUUGCCUAGCAGAGAUUAAGCAGACAGAAGAAAAAUAUACAGAAACCUUAGAGUCAAUAGAAAAGUAUUUCAUGGCACCACUGAAGAGAUUUCUUACACCAGCAGAAUUUGAUUCAGUAUUCAUCAACAUUCCUGAACUUGUAAAAGUUCAUCGGAACUUAAUGCAAGAAAUUCAUGAUUCCAUUGUAAAUAAAAAUGACCAGAAUUUGUAUCAAGUUUUCAUUAACUACAAGGAAAGAUUGGUUAUUUAUGGGCAGUACUGCAGUGGAGUGGAGUCAGCCAUCUCUAAUUUAGAUUAUAUUUCUAAAACAAAAGAAGAUGUCAGACUGAAAUUAGAGGAAUGUUCCAAAAGAGCAAAUAAUGGGAAAUUUACUCUUCGAGAUUUGCUUGUGGUUCCUAUGCAACGUGUUUUAAAGUAUCACCUUCUUCUCCAGGAACUUGUCAAACAUACCACUGAUCCCAUUGAGAAAGCGAAUCUGAAACUGGCUCUUGAUGCUAUGAAGGACUUGGCACAAUAUGUGAAUGAAGUGAAAAGAGAUAAUGAGACCCUUCGUGAAAUUAAACAGUUUCAGCUAUCUAUAGAAAAUUUGAACCAGCCAGUUUUGCUCUUUGGAAGACCUCAGGGAGAUGGUGAAAUUCGAAUAACCACUCUGGACAAGCAUACAAAGCAAGAAAGGCACAUCUUCUUAUUUGAUUUGGCAGUGAUUGUAUGUAAAAGAAAAGGUGAUAACUAUGAAAUGAAAGAAAUAAUAGAUCUUCAACAGUACAAGAUAGCCAACAAUCCUACAACUGAUAAAGAAAAUAAAAAGUGGUCUUAUGGCUUCUACCUCAUCCACAUCCAAGGACAAAAUGGGUUAGAAUUUUAUUGCAAAACAAAAGAUUUAAAGAAAAAAUGGCUGGAGCAGUUUGAAAUGGCUUUAUCUAACAUAAGGCCAGACUAUGCAGACUCCAAUUUCCAUGAUUUCAAGAUGCACACCUUCACUCGGGUGACAUCCUGCAAAGUCUGCCAGAUGCUCCUCAGGGGAACAUUUUAUCAAGGCUAUUUAUGUUGUAAGUGUGGAGCAAGAGCCCACAAAGAGUGUUUGGGAAGAGUAGACAAUUGUGGCAGAGGUAAUUCUGGUGAACAAGGGACGCUCAAACAACCAGAGAAACGGACCAAUGGACUCCGAAGAACUCCCAGACAGGUGGAUCCAGGUUUACCAAAGAUGCAGGUCAUUAGGAACUACACUGGAACACCACCCCCAGCUCUUCAUGAAGGACCCCCGUUACAUAUCCAGGCAGGGGAUACCGUUGAACUUCUGAGAGGAGAUGCACACAGUCGGUUUUGGCAGGGUAGAAACUUGGCUUCAGGAGAGGUUGGAUUUUUCCCAAGUGAUACUGUCAAGCCUUCUCCAUGUGUACCCAAACCAGUAGAUUAUUCUUGCCAACCUUGGUAUGCUGGAGCAAUGGAAAGAUUGCAGGCAGAGACUGAACUUAUUAAUAGGGUAAAUAGUACUUACCUUGUGAGGCACAGGACCAAAGAGUCAGGAGAAUAUGCAAUUAGCAUUAAGUAUAAUAAUGAAGCAAAGCACAUCAAGAUUUUAACAAGAGAUGGCUUUUUUCACAUUGCAGAAAAUAGAAAAUUUAAAAGUUUAAUGGAACUUGUGGAGUACUACAAGCAUCAUUCUCUUAAAGAAGGGUUCAGAACCUUAGAUACGACUCUACAGUUUCCAUACAAGGAGCCAGAACAUUCAGCUGGACAGAGGGGUAAUAGAGCAGGCAACAGCUGGAAUUAAGGACCCAAAGGCAGUGAAAAUUGACUUAUAGGAAGAGUGUCAACAGUAAGUCAUGCUACACGUGUAGAAAAGUAGAAAGCAUCCCUACCAAUCCUUAAAAUGUUUGGCUGACAGCUAUACACUGGGUGGCAGGAGAAACUGAUUAACCUUUUACUCCUAGGAAGAUUCCUCAGGCAUGUAGUGUGGUUAAUGCUGUGAGACAUACAGUAUUUAAUAGCUGUUCAGCAUCUUUGAAAAAAUUAUAGUUAUUGUAGGAAUAUCACUGAUAGAUUAUGGCUCUCAGGAAGCCUGGGGAAUAAAACUUGAAUAUAUUUCACAUACUUUCCUUUGUGUUUUGCCAGCCUUUGUUGGAAGUCUUAUUGAGCAGUUAAGUGAGCAAAAGAUGAGCUAAAUGAACAGGAGGAGGAGACAUAAGGAACUUGCAAAAUUAAAUACCCUGCUGAGAUUCCUGUCCAUUCUGCAACUUUGGUUGCUUAGCACCGGUCCCCAUCCUGCGGAGGUUGUAGAAGCAUAUAAGAACUGACCCCUGCCUUCCACAAUCAACAUCUAAAUGGUGAUACAAACUGGAGUACAUUCAGUCAUUAAAUAAUAGAACCCAGAAGUGCUAUGGUACAAGUGCCUAACAGAUAUCUAGGAAAGGACAGAGAGGGGACACAUAUGGUCUCAAUUGGUCAGAAAGGCUCAGGGAGGUACCAGAGCUGGGCUUUUGAGAAAGGGGGAAGUUAAAGUUAGCUAAAACCCGGGACAGGAGCCUGUAUUCCAAAAUAUGGAGAAAUUCUGGGUUGUAAAUAUAGCUAAGGGCUUCAAGGGGGAGUAAGAAGCAGAUCUAAGUGAAAGGAAUUCAUAUUUGAAAACUAUAGCAGAUUUGUUUAGAAAGGCAGUAGGAGCCAGAUUAUGAAUUGUUGUGGAAUUCAGGUCAAGAGUUUAAAUUUCAUAAUUUAGCAAAUGGAAUGAGAGAAGUUCCGUUUUGGGUAAGUAUCUGGAAGGCUGAAUUUAGAACAGAUGGAAAGAAAGUCAAAAACAAAAAGACCACCUGAGGGGCUUUUGUCUGAGGUUAGAAUUAAUGGGGACACUGAGAAUUAGUGAAGGAUUAAAAGGUAGAAGGCACUUGACUUAGUCCAUAGCAAGAGCAUGACAGUAUACUUCCUUUGUGCAAGGGUGGCUUAUAAGAGUGCAGGGGAGUCAUUUAAUAGAGUCAUUGAAGGAGGGAAGAAAAAAAAAAAAUGGGAGGUUGAGUUAGACUCCAAGGAAGAAGGUGAUGAGUUUUGUCUCAGACAUGUUGAAUCCAGGAAAGUGGCUCUACUUCAUGCAAUACCAUGAAAACAUUGAAAGUCACAGACUGGAAUUUAGAGGAGAUUCAGAAGGCAUAUCCAAGAAUCUGUUUCACUCAUUGGGGGAAAAGAAAUGUUUUAAUGAAGCCCACAGAGGUGCAGAAGCUUAACCAUGCAGGCUAACUACUAUUUAGUUGAAAUUAUAAUAUUUUCAAUCAGAUUUAAGGAUGUUUGAAUUCUAGAUACUUGACAUGAAUGCACAUAAUUAUAAGAGUCUUAGAGACAAGGGUAGCACUCUAAUAUUAUGUUAUUGAAACAGAUAUUCAAGUCCUUUAGUGAAGCAUUACCCAUAUUCAGGAAAGUUAGAUAGUUUAAGAUUAUAGACAGGUUAUCUAUCUAAUUUAUCUACCUAUUGUUGAGAUUAUUUAAAUUACACUUAAUUGUGCUUCUAUUGAUUUCUCAUUUUUCCCUUUUAGAGAUAACUUAUCUCUUCUUAUAUUUCAGACUGUAGUUUUAAAUUACCUUCAUUAGAAAAUUUGGAGAAAUAUAGUCUUUUUUUAUUUCUUUCUGAAUGAAGUAGUCCCAGAGAGGGAAUCAAGGAUGGACACUUAGAAAACACUCCAAGGAGAAAGAUUCUCUUACCUGCCAGAGUAAUAUGUUGAAUGCAGUUCUCUGACUUAUGUUCUCACAGAGAUGAGAUAGGAAUAUUGACCCCAGAUUUUCUGCCAAUAAUGGAGUAAGGUGUGUGCUAUUUAUUAGAAAUGGCAUCCUCUCUGUCUCUAGCAGUGGGUGUAUCAUGGUCUCAGAAAGUGAAAAGAUACCAGUUCUACUGCAUAGCCAUCAUUGGGCAUUUUAUCAAAUUACUUGUGAUGGUAUAUAUACCAACACACUUAUAUGUAUUAAAGUAUAGGACAUGCAAAUGGAAUAGCAAAGAACCUUAAUACAUCGGGGCAAGUACAAAGUGAACUUGUGAGACCAUUCACAAGAAAUGUGUGUCAUGAAUGUGUCCCUGUACAUGUGAAGGCUUCAAGAUCUGUGAUUCUAAGAGCAACUGAACUCUCCCCCAGUUCCCAUGGCCAGUCUGUUUGGCGGGGGUCUGCUAAUCCCCUCAACAGGUUCCUGCUAUUAGGGAUUCUGAGAACCCCUUUUUGACAAGAAACUUAGUUCUUAGAGAAUUUUGUGACUCUCAAAGUCAAGCCAUUUCCUGAAAAGAGGCAGAAGAUUUUAUAAAUUCGGUCCCCAGUUUUUUUGGUAUUUGUUUGGCCCACUUUUACCUCAUCUUUGGUCAUAGAAAACUUUUUGUAACAGUUUAGAUUAGGUCUAGGUACAGGUGACAGGAAGACAAAACAAUAUCAGCUUGAGUAGGAUAGAUAGUUUCUCUUUCCUGUAAAAACCUAGUGGCAGUCAGCCCAGGCAGGAGAGAAGGGCAGGUCAUCUCUGUUCCAGAAACUCUUUAGUAACUCAGGUUCUUUCAAGCAUGUGCUCUGUUAGCCUGAAAGAGAGGCUUUCCUUUUCAUAGACCAAGAUGGUAGCUUUCACAUGCCACAUAGCAGAAUAGAAUAUAUUACUAAAAAGAAGGGUGCAUUUCUGCUGUCUUUCACCAUCCUGGAAGCUACCUUCUGAUACUUAUGCGUCUAUAUCAUUGACCAGGAACUUGGCCAUAUAGAUGUACCAAACUGCAGGGAGACUGGGAAAUGUAAUCUUCUGCUGGGUGAACAUAGUUGAACUGAGUGAUCUAUUAUAUGGAAGAGGGAAGAAUGAAUAUUGUGAGGAAGCUUAUAACCUUUGCCUUCCUUGUUCAUGGUAAUGGCACCUGGCAUUAGCAUUUGUCUGUGGAGGUACCUGCAACAGAAGAGAAGGUGCGGACAGAGUAGCACAGCAUCAGUUAAGAGGAUGGACCCUGGGGUCAUACUGCCUGGGUUUGAAUCCGGAUUUGCUCAGAUACAAAGGGAAAAUAGUAUUAAUAUCUUCCUCCUAGAGCUAUUGUAGUGAUUAAAUGAAAUACUGAAUAUUUUGAGCAUGAUAUCUAAAACUUGAUAAACAUUUGAUAAAGGUUGUAGCUCUUAUUAUUAAGAGUGUAAAGUAAAAAGUUUUGAGCAUCCAAAUGCAUAAAACUUUUCUGUACAUUUUUUAUAAUUGGGAGGAUAUAAGUACUUUACUUGCCAGAGAUGGUAAAAUUCAGGGUGGUUAUCAUUUCUAAUUGCAUUUUUCUUCUUUUGAAAAUAACCUGAGAUGUGCAUGCUUGAUUGUGAGUUGAGGGUGGUUCCUAAUAAAUUGGGUGGUUUUCUUAAUUUUCGAUGGGUUCUGCAUAUUUCAUUGACACUACUGAUUCACACUAGUAUUGAUGUGAAACACAUUUUACAUCAAGAAUUUAUGGGAUCCCCCUUCCUACUGUUGUAACAAAGUGGAAAUUGGGCAUCACAUCAAAAUGAGGAGGCUGUCCCUGAACAGCCUUGGAUGGAUGAAGUUCAAAGGUGGCAACGUGGAAUUGGUUUGCAGUGUUUGCCGGUUAAAGGAUAGACCACUCUGAAUGGAAUACCUGUGAAUCAAAAUGUCAAAAUGUGAAAGUCUGACUUGUUCUUCAUUCAGAAACAGUGAGAGUAGAGCAAUGGGUGAAAACGCAGCUUGGUAUUGCAACUUGGAUGUGAUAAUUAUCUUAUGAUUACAGACAACAAAAUAGUUGUGUUGAGUUUUUUUUUAACCAAUUCCUAAAUGUUCUUUUGCUUCUCUCUUUUUCUUUCUUUCUCUAAGCCCCCUCUUUGUUCUGUGGCUUUUCUUUUGUAACUCCUCCAGACUACAGCUUUGUUCCCCCUUCUUCCACUCCUUUCUGGUCAG